AUGGCCUCACGUUUACAGUCUCUAAGGCGCCCCCUCACUAUCGCUGCUGCAACUGCAGCAGUGGGAGGAACUGGGCUUUACGCUUACUCCAACUCCCGCAAGCACACCAUUUCCAUGCCCAUUGUUGAGGCCAAGCGCGACAGCCAAGGCCGAAUCGUACCCCCCACCUUCCCAGCUCUCAAAAGCCGCAAGGAGCAGCUCGACGACCUUCGACGCCACGAUGGCUCUUCCAGCGAUGCCGAGUACGACCUUCUGAUCAUUGGCGGUGGUGCUACCGGUACUGGUAUCGCCGUCGACGCCGCCACUCGUGGUUUGAAGGUUGCUCUUGUUGAGCGCGACGACUUUUCUUCGGGUACCAGCUCCAAGAGCACCAAGCUCGUCCAUGGAGGCGUGCGCUACCUCGAGAAAGCCGUCAUGAACCUCGAUUACCCCCAGCUCGAGCUCGUUAUUGAAGCCCUCCGCGAGCGCAGGACUUUCCUCAACAUUGCCCCUCACUUGUCUAAUUCGGUCCCUAUUCUCCUCCCCCUUCAGCAGUGGUGGCAGGCACCUUACAUGUGGUGCGGCACCAAGGCCUAUGAUCUCCUUGCCGGUUCCCAGGGCCUAGAGGGCUCCUACUUUAUGACCAAGAGCAAGGCCUGGGCUGAAUUCCCACUCCUCCGCAGAAACAACAUGGUUGGCGCUCUGAUUUACUACGACGGCCAGCACAACGACUCUCGAAUGAACGUCUCCCUUGCUUUGACUGCUUCUCUUUACGGUGCUACUGUGCUCAACCAUUUCGAGGUAACCAGCCUCGAGAAGGAUGCCAACGGCAAGAUCACAGGUGUCAAGGGUAGGGAUGUUCUCUCUUCCCUGGACAAGGACGCAGACGGUGCUCAAGAAUUCCAAAUCCGUGCCAAGGGUGUUAUCAACGCCACUGGACCCUUCGCAGACGCCAUCGAGCAUAUGGAUGACGCUAGCCGAAAGCCUCUAGUUUCCCCUGCCGCUGGUGCACAUGUUAUUCUCCCUGGUCGUAUCUGCCCCAAUGGAAAGGGUCUGCUUGAAGCUUCCACUUCUGACGGCCGUGUUGUCUUCGUCCUCCCUUGGCAGGGAAAGACCCUCGCUGGUACCACCGACAAUGCCUGUGAAGUUGAGAGAGAGCCUGUUGCCCUUCAGAAGGACGUUGACUUCAUUCUGACUGAGGUCAAUAAAUUGCUCCUCCCCGAAGCCGCUGUCACUCGCAAUGAUGUCCUCGCUAGCUGGUCCGGUAUCCGUCCCCUUGUCAGGGAUCCCAAGGCCAAGAACACCGAGUCUCUCGUGCGCAGCCAUCUCGUCACUGUCUCCCCCUCUGGUCUCCUCACAUGCGCCGGUGGCAAGUGGACCACCUACCGUCAAAUGGCCGAGGAUGCUGUCGAUGAAGCCGUCAAGACAUUCAACCUCAAGCCCAGCUCUAUUGCUCUCCCCGACAUCAGCGGUACCGGUCUCCCAGGUUUCUCCACUACUGGCAAAUGCUGUACUCUUACUACUCCCCUCAUUGGUGCUCACGGAUACUCACCUGAACUCGCCUCCCAGCUCAUGUCAGUCCACUCUGUCGACGCUGAUGUCGCUGAGCACCUUGCGAUCAACUAUGGCGACCGUGCUUGGGCUGUUCUCGCUACCAACGCCACCUCUCGACUUGUUCCCACCCUUCCCUUCAUCGAGGCCGAAUUCCGCCACGGUGUUCGCUCCGAGUCAGCCUGCACUGCUGCUGAUUUGAUCUCCCGCCGUACUCGUAUGGCUUUCCUUGACGUCGGGGUUGCCCUCAAGGCUCUUCCCCGUGUCAUUGAUAUCAUGGCCGAGGAGCUCAACUGGACCGAGGCCCGCAAGCAGCUUGAGUGGACCCAAACUGUUCACUUCUUCAAGUCCAUGGGUCUUCCUGAGGAGAAGCUCAAUGUGACCAAGGAGGAGGUUCUCAGCAGCAUUGUCCAGGAUGUUCCCCCACACCACCAGCCCUCUCCUAUCCGCUCCGAAGGCGGAGUCCAGGUUGGAGGGCUGGGAAGCUUCGACGGCACCAUCGCUGCCCGUAACAUCACCCCCAACUAA